GCCGCCCAAUUUCGGUUGAAUUUCUCUCCUUUUCCGCAUCUCCUUCUUCUCUUUCCUCUCACACUCUCUCUCUCCCUUCCCCCAUCGCACAAUGACCAAACCACCCUCCGCCUUCGACGCUCUCAUGUCCGGUGCCCGCGCCGCCGCGUCCGCCGCUGCCAAGAAGAAGAAAUCCGAGCAGUCGCAGCAACCAACUGCUUCUUCUUCCAAGAAGCGAAAACCUUCAUCCUCCACUCUCCCCACUCCAACCUCCACGCUAAACCCUAACGUAGAACCGGAGAAAGAAGGCCCUACUCCGACCAAGACUCGCCACGUGUCUUCUUCAUCUGCCUUGCAGGAGCUGAAGAAGCGCGUUCCGCAGCUGACGGCGAAGCCUUCGAAAUUCGAUCCUAGCUCAGUGGCUUGUUGGGAGAAGGGCACGCCUGUGCCGUUCUCGUUACUGGCGUUGGCGCUUCACAUGAUUUCUCUGGAGCCUGGCAGAAUCAAGAUGACAGAUAUUGCGUGCAAUUUGAUGAAGACUGUGAUAUACUCUACCCCUGAGGAUCUUGUGCCUCUGAUUUAUCUCUUGGCGAAGAGGGUUGCUCCGGCGCAUGAAGGGCUAGAAUUGGGAAUUGGCGAGACUUCCAUUAUUAAGGCACUUGCUGAGGCGACUGGAAGAACUGAAUCCAAAAUCAAGAAGCUGUAUCAGAAAGUGGGUGAUUUGGGAAAAGUUGCCAAGGAGUGCCGUUCAUCUCAGUCCAUGAUGCGGAAACCUGAGGCUCUGACUAUUAGGAAGGUUUUCAACACCUUCCGUCUUAUUGCCAAGGAAUCUGGAAGAGACAGUCAAAUGAAGAAAAAGAAUCAUAUAAAGGCACUUCUUGUUUCUGCAACUGACUGCGAACCUCAAUAUCUUAUCCGUUUUCUACAGGGAAAAUUGCGGAUUGGUGUGGCUGAGCAAACUCUCUUAGCUGCAUUAGGCCAAGCAGCAGUACAGAGUGAAGAACAUUCUAAACCACCUGCUGGUAUUAAGUCUCCUUUGGAAGAGGCUGUAAAAAUUGUUAAACAAGUCUAUUCUGUUCUUCCUGUCUAUGACGAAAUAGUAUCUGCACUUCUUACACAUGGUGUAUGGAAACUUCCAUCAACAUGUAAUUUUACUCCUGGUAUUCCAGUUGGACCUAUGCUGUCAAAACCGAGGAAGGGUAUCUCUGAUAUUCUAAAUUCAUUGCAAGAUGUGCAGUUUACUUGUGAAUACAAGUACGAUGGAGAGCGUGCCCAGGUACAUUACAUGGAAAAUGGUUCAGUUGAGAUUUAUAGUAGAAAUGCUGAGCGGAAUACUGGGAAGUUUCCUGAUGUUGUUGCUGCAAUUUCAAGGUUAAAGAAAUCAACUGUAUCAUCAUUUGUUCUUGAUUGUGAAAUUGUUGGAUAUAAUCGUGAGAAACAGACCAUCCGUCCUUUCCAGGAUCUUACUACUCGGCCUCGUAAAAAUGUAUCUGUGGAUAAUAUAAAGGUUGACGUCUGCAUAUUUGCUUUUGAUAUACUGUAUCUUAAUGGCCGAGUACUUCUUCAGGAUAACCUGAAAAUCCGUAGAGAGCAUCUUUAUGCCUCUUUUGAAGAAGAAACUGGAGUUUUUCAGUAUGCAACGGCAAUAACAUCAAAUGACACCGAGGAAAUUCAGAAAUUUCUCGACAAAGCUGUUGGAUCAAGCUGUGAGGGAUUAAUCAUUAAAACUUUAAAUGAAGAUUCUACAUAUGAACCUUCCAAUCGGUCAAACAAUUGGCUAAAACUGAAGAAAGAUUAUCUGGAUAACAUAGGGGACUCGAUAGAUUUGGUACCUAUAGCUGCAUUCCACGGACGUGGGAAACGUACAGGAGUCUAUGGUGCUUUUCUUCUUGCUUGCUAUGACUACAAUAACGAAGAAUUUCAAAGUAUUUGUAAGAUUGGAACGGGAUUUACUGAAGAAGUGCUCGAAGAGCGUUCUAAAAGUCUUGGUUCUCAAGUGAUUCCUGGGCCAAAGCGAUACUAUCGAUAUGGAGAUAAAAUGAAGCCUGAUGUCUGGUUUGAAGCUAGUGAGGUGUGGGAGGUGAAAGCUGCAGAUUUGACCAUCAGCCCAGUUCACCGAGCUGCAGUGGGCAUAGUAGAUUCAGAUAAGGCUUUAAUGGUGUAUCUCUGUAUUUCCCCCCUCCCCCCCCUAAAGGGCAUAUCUCUUAGAUUCCCACGGCUAGUUCGAGUUCGACCUGACAAAACACCCGAGCAGGCCUCAUCAUCUGAGCAGGUUGCUGAGAUGUAUAAUGUUCAAAAAGCCACUCAAACUAAAGAAAAAGAAAAAGAAAAAGAAACCACCAAACAGGAUGGUAGUGAAUCACCAAAAAAAACAGAUUUGCAGUGAAGAUGAAGACGAAGUCGCAGAUGAAGAUGUAGAUGCAGAUGAAGAUGUAGAUGUAGAUGUAAUGCAUAUGAAUAUGAAGAUAAGUGAGCUGCUGUCAUACACUAUUGUGUCC